CAAAUACAGCUCACAUCUAUUUUAUCUGUUGGGCUAAUAAAUACACAUGAGCCUUGUCAAAGCAUGAGCUUUGUAAAGUUCAAGCCUUGAAUUUUACUCUUCAAGGGCUUGGUUGUCUAUAAGCUUCACCAUAAUCUCCUGUUGCUCAAAAAUGGUGUGUGGGAUUCAACUCAUCUUCUUCCAUUUUCUUGAAAUUCCAAGAUUCUCUGCUUAUGUAUGUGGUUUUAUUUUAGAAUGAUGAUGAUGGUAUCAUGAAAAUCACAUCUUUUGACUAUUCUCUUUCUCACUUAGUUUAAUAUAAAAACAAAGUACUAUUAUCUAGGCAUUGUGAGUUCACACUUGGUUGUUCAUAUGGAUGUUUUGAAAGGCAGGUUAGGUAGUUGUCCCAGCUGUGGCUAUCUUCUUCCUCAUCACUUUUCUCUUGACCACUGUGCUAGCUGUGGAGCUGCUUUUCCAGGAAAAGAAAGAUUAUUUUCUGCAACGAGUUAUACGGGUAGUAGUUCUGCGUUAUCAGUGGGGGAUAGUGAGUUGUUGGGUGAAUUUGUUAGUGGGAGAGAAGAUACAGUUGGUCUAAGCUCUAACAGGAACAGUAGGUUUAAGAAUUAUGGUUAUGGAGAAGGUAUGAGACAAUCUAGAAUUCCUACCGACUAUGGUAUUGAUCCGAAUGUGGAUAGUUUUGAGAAUGACAGUAGAGAUACAGCAUAUCAGCUAGAAGACAUCAGGCAGCGUUUUAAUGGUUUGGAUGGGCUUACUAAAGUUGAUAGUUCAGAACAUGAUCGAGCUGAGCUUGUUCGAAAGCUUAAUGAGUUGAAGGACCAACUUAGUCGAUUAGACAAUGCAGUAGAACAUCCAAUUAGAAGCACUGGUACUGAUGAACGGAAGGUUCGGUCUCCACCCAACCUUUAUUAUGGACAAGAACCUUCAAUACCAGAAAGCUCUGCAAGUUUGUAUAAUCUUAAGAUGCAACACCCUUCUCGAGACAGACACGAUCUUAGGCCUCUUUACCAUGAUCGUCAAAAACCUUUUCAACAUGAUCAAAGUUAUGAUGUACAUGCGCCUAGGCAUGUUCCAUAUGAAAAUUUGCAACACAAAGAUGCAUAUCGGCCUCAAAUGGCUAGGCCACCUCCCCAUCAGUCAUUUAAUCAAUACUUGCCAUGGACAAAUCCUGACCAUUUUAAUGGACCAUCCACAGACUUCAGUGAAGAUGCCCCAACAUCACUUCCACAUGAAACCUUUUUUCACCAACAUGGUUGCUCCUGUUCUCAAUGUUAUAGCAAGAGCCGGAAAGUCCCUCAAAAGGUCCCUUCCCCUCCAAAUGGAAAUUAUUAUCAACUUGGAAAUCCUAUUGCAAAUGGCUCACUAUAUUCUAUUCCCAAGAAUUUGGCACCCCCUCUUGAUUCCCAGGAUCCUCAGCCUCUUACACGAAAUCUGAGAGACCUUGAUACAGGAAAUGGUGCUUAUGUUCAGCUCCAGAAAAGAAGGUUGGUUAUAGGCCAUGAAAAUAAACGAGUUUUCCAUCCUAUUGCAGGGGGUGCUCCAAUCGUAACAUGUCCUAUAUGUUUUGAGCUGCUAAAGCUGCCAAGAAAACUUAUGUUGGUGGAGAAUAAUGAACGAAAAAUGUGUUGUGGAGGUUGUUCUACCAUAGUUCUGUGUGAACUUGACCGAAAGGGCAUUGUCAUUUCAGUUCUGGAAAAAUCCAAUCAAAGUUCUGAGCGAGAUGACCAUUCUGCUGAGAAGUUGAGUGAAAAUAUUCGUGUCUCUGUAAGUAAUUCGGAUGCUGGGGUCACAAACUCUGAAUCCAAAGAUUAUAAUAGUUCUGGUUAUACCUACCAGUUGACAGAUAAAGAAUCUAAUUUAUCGCAAGAUGACCGGCACUCAGAUGCAGCUGAAACGAGGCAGGAAUCUUCUCUAUCAUUUUCCAGUUUUUCUGAAGAUGAAAUACUCCAAGAUAGUGAGACUGUUCAGAGAGUUGAUUUGAAAUCUGUGAAGCCUCCUUCCAAAGAUAAUGAAUUUCCUCUCCAAGAACAUCAUGACAAUGAGUUGAACAGUGCUAUCAGUAAAGAUGAGAAAGGAGGUAAGGGUAAACGAAGUUAUAUGGGGAAGCUAUUCCAGAAACUAACCAACUCUCGUCGGAAUUCUGCAAAAGACGUAACAGCGGCAUCCGAGACGGAUAUCUCUUCUGACGCUUACAUGAACAGUGGAGUGACACAAGACUCUAGAGAGGAGAACAUUGAAGAAGAGCAUCCUAAGAUCAAAAAGAGAACCGAGUCUAUCUUUUCAGGGCUCAGAGAAUAUAGGUCUGAGGAUUUCUCGGAUUCAAUUCUGAGUAUGGAGUUUGAAGAAUCAUAUGUUUAUGUCAAUGGGCAAAACAUACCACAGCUCGCCGUUAAGAAAGCUGAAAAGUUGGCAGGGCCUAUCGAGCCUGGAGAGUACUGGUAUGAUUUCCAAGCUGGAUUUUGGGGAGUGAUGGGCCACCCCUGCCUAGGCAUCAUAGCGCCGUACAUCAAUGCAUUCAAUUAUCCUAUGCCAGAGGGUUGUGCUGCUGGAAACACAGGAGUUUUUGUAAACGGGCGAGAACUGAACCAGGGAGACUUGAAUAAACUUGCUACCAGAGGUCUACCAGUAACAAAACAUAAUUCAUAUAUCAUGAAAAUUAGUGGUAAAGUUCUGGAUGCUGAGACCCGUGAAGUACUAUACAACCUUGGCAAACUGGCCCCAACAGUUCAAAGGGCAAGGCGUGGAUUUGGAAUGAAGGUCCCCAAAUCAUUGCGAAAUGAUCAGGAAUCAGGAUAGUUAGAGCUUAUAUAAUUUCUUGAUACGAUUUAAAGGACCGCAGAAAGACAGAGCACUAUCAGUAUCAGAUAUUUUUGAAGGGUAGAUAUAGAAUCCAGAUGGACGGCUUACCAGCUCGUUUCUUGAUUUGACUAUUAUUGACAUGAUUUGAUUUCUAUUUUUUUGUUUUGUUUUGAAUUAAGUAGUCUUUAGUAGAUGAAAAUUGUGCAGCUUUUUGUAUCUUAGGUUGAUUGUGGGAGAGAUGUAAAUUGUAAACCUUUUGUAUCAUACAGUAUAUAAAUGCAGAGUCCUUGUAGUUUUCAACUAA